ACGAAACGUAACAAUACGGAAGAGUAGAGAAAAAAGGUUCCAGUUCAUAGGAAUCACGAUUCACGCCGAUGUUUACGCUGCGCAGAAAGGCAUUGGUGGCGGAUAACGUUGGAGCUUGAACAAACUGCGACUCUCUGCUGCCUACCGCUAGCUAGCUAGCAUGAUCCUCUCAGCAGUGCUCCCUACUUCUCUCCACACUCCCAUUAAAAGAGUCACUCCAGCGAUGCACCUACGCUUGUACCAUUAGCAAGUUUGCUGUCGAGUUAGCUAGCUAGCUUUGUAGUCAAGAUGUCUGAUAUGGAAGAUGACUUUAUGUGCGAUGAUGAAGAGGAUUAUGAUCUGGUAAACUCCUCCGAAGAAUACUCAGAGGACAGCAACUCUGAGCCCAAUGUUGAUUUGGAGAAUCAGUACUACAAUUCAAAGGCCCUGAAGGAGGAUGACCCCAAAGCAGCUCUCAGCAGCUUCCAGAAAGUCUUGGAGCUAGAGGGCGAGAAAGGAGAAUGGGGGUUCAAAGCUCUCAAACAGAUGAUUAAGAUGAAUUUCAAACUGACGAAUUUCCCUGAAAUGAUGAACAGGUACAAGCAGCUGUUAACAUACAUCCGGAGUGCAGUUACACGAAACUACUCAGAGAAAUCCAUCAACUCCAUCCUUGAUUACAUCUCUACGUCUAAGCAGAUGGACUUGCUGCAAGAGUUUUAUGAAACCACAUUGGACGCAUUAAAGGAUGCCAAAAAUGACAGGCUUUGGUUUAAAACCAACACUAAGCUUGGGAAGUUGUACCUGGAGAGAGAAGAGUAUGGUAAGCUUCAGAAGAUCCUGAGGCAGCUGCACCAGUCCUGUCAGGUGAAGAAACACUCCUCAUCAAUGCAAUCAGAGGUUUUCACAGAGACGGAUGACGGUGAGGAUGACCUGAAGAAAGGCACCCAGCUCUUGGAGAUCUAUGCUCUGGAGAUCCAGAUGUACACGGCCCAGAAGAACAACAAGAAGCUGAAGGCCCUUUAUGAACAGUCUCUACACAUCAAGUCUGCCAUCCCUCACCCUCUCAUCAUGGGAGUCAUCAGAGAGUGUGGAGGGAAAAUGCAUUUGCGAGAAGGGGAGUUUGAGAAGGCUCACACAGACUUCUUCGAGGCGUUUAAGAACUACGAUGAAUCAGGAAGUCCUCGACGGACCACCUGUCUGAAGUACCUGGUGUUGGCCAACAUGCUGAUGAAGUCUGGAAUCAACCCCUUCGACUCACAGGAGGCUAAACCCUAUAAAAAUGAUCCAGACAUUCUUGCAAUGACAAACUUGGUCAGUUCCUACCAGAACAAUGACAUCACAGAGUUUGAGAAGAUUCUGAAGACAAAUCACAGUAACAUAAUGGAUGAUCCGUUCAUAAGGGAACAUAUAGAAGAGUUAUUACGAAACAUAAGAACACAAGUGCUCGUCAAAUUAAUUAAGCCUUACACGAGAAUACACAUACCUUUUAUUUCCAAGGAAUUGAACAUUGAUGUCUGCGACGUGGAAAGCCUUCUUGUUCAGUGCAUUCUAGACAGCACGAUCAACGGCCGCAUCGACCAAGUCAACCAACUGUUGGAGCUGGAUCACCAGAAGAGGAACGGAGCCCGAUACAUGGCUUUAGAUAAAUGGACGAAUCAGCUGAAUACUCUCAACCAGGCCAUCGUCAGCAAACUGGCCUAAUCAGAGUAGUCAGUAGUGUAACUGAAAAGUUAACAAUUCGAUGGUGGGUUGUAUUUCAACUUGAAGGAGCGAGUUAACCCAAUUCAUCUCGGGUUACAGUAGCAGUAGGCUACAUUCAUUAUUGUCAUCUAUAGGAUUGAUGAUGUUCAAAGCUUCCAAUGGCAAACGUACUGUCACUUAUUAUGUGACUGAUCAUUUAAGAUGGAGAUCAGAGGUGCCAGUUGCCAGCUUGUGUUUCAUGGCCUUGGGACAGUUUCCUGGGCACAGAUAAAUCCUAGUCCUGGAUUUAGAAGCAUGCUCAAUGAGAAUGCUUUUUGGGGUUUAGGUGUUGGACUAUGCGUAAUCUGUGUCUGGGAAAACGGACCUUGUGGCCUAAAACCAACCGAUUUAUAUUAGAAAACGAUGGCCAUUGUACAGAUAGAGGAUUGUAAAAUCCCACUUAUGUACAUUUCUUAUAGUGAAAGGACAUGUCUGUUCUCCCACUGUAUUACCGCCUUCCAUGGAAAUGUGAAAACACCAAAUGACUUCUAAUAUUAUUAAUGUUGAGCAUGUUCUGUAAAAUAGCCAGCGCUGUCUAUACAGUAUUUCAUCAAUGUAGGUUAAUGUUUCAUAUGGUAUGUUGUUUUGACUAUGUUAUCGAACAAUUUGAGCUUUUCUGUUUUAUUGAUGAAUAAUAAACGACAAAAUUGUACCUUC